AUGGGAGGUUUCAUGCCCCCUCCGUUUGACAGGGAGCCGUUCGAGCCUUCUGAGUUCGCCUCUUGGACCAGGCCUGGGGAUCUGAUCAUAUCCCCCGCGCCCAAGUCAGGCACGACAUGGAUGCUCUAUUGCAGUCAUCAGAUCAGAGCCAAGGGGCUGGACGAAGACUUCUAUGAUGUCAGCGUCAACACUCCCUGGAUUGGUUGGAGGCACAAGCCAGGACAAAAAUGGAGCGAGCUCAAGGAGCUAAUGAACACUACCAUCCUGGACAAUGGGAAGAAUCUCCGGGAAUACUGGGACAAUGCAAGCUACCCCUUCCGUAUCUUCAAGUCGCACUUCGGCCCUGUCAAUGAGAAUGGCACAGAAAUCGAUGUUCUCCCAGUCAAGGAAUUUCCGCACGUGAAGUUCCUUGCCAUGCUGAGGAACGGCAAGGAUAUUGUCUCCAGCCUCGAUACGUUCUUCAGUAACUUCAGGCCGGAGUACAGGAAGAUGUGGGGAGGGUAUCCCUUUGUCCACAAGACAAGGGUUGAGGCGCUGAAGGACUUCCUUCCUGAAGGAGUUCUUGGAUCAGUGUUCUUCGGGUAUGCCAAGUCGUGGUGGAAGUUCAGGCAUGAAAAAAACGUCCUGCUGCUCCACUAUGCAGACAUGAAGAGAAAUCCAGUGGGUGGUGUAAAGAGGCUUGCGGAGUUUCUGGAAGUCGAGCUCAAUGAGGAGGAGCUGAACCGAGUAGUGCAUAAGUGCUCGAUCGAGCACAUGAAGCAGCACGAAGAGAAGUUCAAUUACCUCCUCUGGGCCAACCCCUCUUACAACGGCUCGGUCAUGUGCGGGAAGGACCGCUGUGCGGGCAUCACGGAUGGCUCGCUCAUCCAGCAGGGUAGGAUUGGAGAAGGUCACAAAUGGUUCACAGAAGACAUGUUGAAGCUGUGGGAUGAGGCAGUGGAGAGAGAGUUUCCUGACCCUGAAAUGCGCCAGUGGAUCGAAGAUGGCGGCGACUUCUAA